AUGCACGUGCCGCUAGAGCAGUACACGGCCAACUUGAAGACCAUUCUGUCGCACCCGGCCCUCGCGGCCCAGCGGGAUUGCCGCAUUGUCCUCAUCACUCCGCCGCCCAUUGACGAGCACCAGCACGACAUCAAGGACCGCAACGCCGGGUAUCCUGCGCUGACGCGCCGCUCGCUCGUCGCCAGGGAGUACGCCGAGGCGUGCCGCCGGGUCGGCGAGGCGUCGUCUCCCGGUGUGGCUGUCCUUGAUCUCUGGAGCGUCCUCAUGGAGCGUGCAGGCUGGAAUGCCGGUGAUGAUGUCCUUGCUGGGUCACUGGAGGCACCCAAGAAUAUCAUGCUUGAUCGGCUCUUGUCGGAUGGUAAGUAG